AAGAACAGGAUACAUGAUGUCCACCCUCCGCCAAUAUGAAGGCACCCAGGGUAGUUUCUACCUAUGAGUACAAAGAAUAAGCACUGUUAUUUCUAUAUGUGCUGAAUCCGCUAGCUGGGCUAAAGUAAAUGCGACGCCGAAAUUAAUAUCUUGGUUCUGCAGAAUGUCCAAGAUCAGGCGGAAGGUUACAGUGGAGAAUUCAAAAACCAUAUCCGACAGCAGCAGCAGCACCACAACCAGCAGCACCAGCAACACUACCGCCCCCUCCCGCAGGCCCAGCGUGUUUGAAAGACUUGGCCCCAGCACUGGGAGUAAUGCUGCUGAUAGUCACUGUAGAAAUUGGCUGAAGACUGGUAAUUGCAGCUACGGCAACACUUGUCGCUACACACAUGGAACUCAGUCACGAGGCAAAGGAUUUAGCUUUAGUCGGUCAAACGAGAGGCCCACAGGUGAUCUGCGGGAGAGGAUGAAGAAUAAAAGACAGGAUGUUGACUCAGACAACCUUCAGCGAGACCUAGACGAGCCCACAUCCCCCACAUCGAGACAGAGAGACUCCUCCAGAGGCCGACACAGGGAGAAGGAGGACAUAAAGAUCACAAAGGAGCGCACCCCAGCCAGUGAAGAAGAGCCCACAGAGUGGGAGACCAAUCGUGAAGACUCAGAUAUUGGUGAUUACGACUACGAGUUAUCCCUGGAGAUGAAGCGCCAGAAGAUUCAGCGUGAGCUGAUGAAACUGGAGCAGGAGAACCUGGAAAAGAGAGAGGAGAUUGUCAUCAAGAAAGAUGAGACCCCUACCAAAACAAGAACCACGGCCUUGCCGAAGACCUCCCCAGAGCAGUUAAGCUCCAAAGAUUCACCCUCAUCCAGGAAAUCCGGUGGAUCCCCAAAACAAAAAAGUGGAACCAAAGGGCUAGGCUCUGGGAAGAAAGAGAAGAAGGCUCUGGUGUCCUCACCUGUUUCAGAAACUGCCAGGUCUUCAAAAGGGACCCAUAGCAAGAAGAAAGGGCCCCGUACUCCCAGUCCUCCUCCCCCAGUCCCCCUGGACAUUCCUGUGACUGGGAAGAAACACAAAGGCAAGCACAAAAACAAGGACAAGUCUGAGGAUAAGCAGAAGGAAGGCAAAGAUCGGGGACGAGGUACAGAAAAACACAAAGAGAAGAAGGAAAAACGCAGGGACCGAUCGGACAGUUCCCACAAGGCCAAGCGAUCAGUCACAUCAGAGGAGCGUUCUGGCAGUGUGUCAUCAUUCUCCAGGGGUGUGUCACCCACAGCCAGAAAGAAAUCCACCUCUCCCAAAGCUUCAUCCCAUAAGACCUCUGCACUAGAAUCCUCUCCUCGCAGGUCUCCGUCUCCUCCACGCCACCAGCGCAGCCCCACUCCUCCCCGCCACCUCUCCCCUUCCUCCCACUCAGGUUCGUCAGCCCAGCGGCACUCUCCCUCUCCACAUCGGCGCCGCUCGUCCUCUCCCGCCUACCACCGGAGCAGCGCAGCCCCAGCCUCUGCCUCUUCACCUCAGAGCUCCAGGCGUUCCCGAUCACCUCCCACCUUGCAUGACACCUCCUCGCCCCACCGCCGAUCUGACAGGUUGAGCCCUAUCCGGCGUCAUUCCAGGGGCCGUGAGAGAAGCCGUGGUGACAGAGAGAGGAGCCCGCCUGCUCAGGAUCGAAGACAUGAGCGCAGAAAUGAUAGUCGCAGCAAGCGAGAGAAAGACGGUGUCCGUGAUGACCGCGAUUAUGACUCUGAGCAGGUGUCAUCACGUGAUGCUCGCGACGACAGGGACACAAGAGAGGCUCGUGAGCGACGAGACACUCGUGAUCGUGGAAGGGAAACGACCCGGGGGUCUCGAGACCAUCGAGACAAUAGGGAAGUAAAGGACUCCAGAGAGAGCAGGACAGAAACCCGCUCCAGUCUAGAGUCCUUGGAGCGGCGUGACCGCGAACGGGAACGAGAGAGGGACUGGGAGAAAGACAAGGACAGAGAAAGAGAGAGGGAGAGGGCUGACACCCACAGGAAGGAGGAGCCGCCUCAGGAUGACAGGAGUUAUGGGAGAGGUCAUGGACGCGAUGAGGGAGGGAGAGCUGAAGGAAGGACGGAGAGCAGGCCAGACAGAACGGAGAAGAAUGGACGGGGGAGAGGACGCGCUACUGAAACAUCUGAUAAAGGCUCAAGCAGAAACUCACGGGGCUCUCAGCAGGCAAGUGGCCAUGACAACUGGGAGUCGAGCAGUGUAGUGCGUGAACGGAGCCCAGAAAGGAGCACAGAUCGUAGUGCCACCGAAAGAAGCUCUGAGAGGGGUUCAGACCGAGAUCGCUAUGAGGGUGAUAGAAGAGAGCAAGCCAGAGACUCCUCCUACGACAGGAGAGGAGGGCAUGGAGAGCGGGAGCGCAGAGACAACCGAGAGAGAGAUCAAAGAGCAGCUUCUCCAAAUCGACACCAGGGGAGAUCGGAGGAGUCUGAGAGGGAGGAGAGGAGAGAGGAACGCAGGAUAGACAGAACAGAAGAGAGACGGGAUGACCGGAUCCGCGACCGGGAGCGAGAGAGAGACAGGGAGAGAGACAGGGAGCGGGAAAGAGAGAAGGAGAAGGACAGAGAGAGGGAGAGGGAAAAGGAGCGAGAGAAGGAGAGGGAGGCCGAGAGGGAGCGGGCUAGGGAGAGAGAGAGGGAGCGAGAACGAGAGAGGGAGAGGGAGAGAGAGAGAGAGAGGGAGAGGAAGGAGCGAGAACGGGAGAGAGAGAGGGAGCAGCGUGAGCGAGAGAGGCAGCGAGAAUGGGAGGAGCGAGGGAGGGAGGAGAGGCGGGAGAGAAGAGAGGAGGCCAGGGACGACCGGUCUCUUCGAGACACCUUGGACGAUCGCAAGACAAGUCGUAAGAGGCCCAGGGUGGAGAGCAGCCCUAGCCCCCGAUCCUCGCCUAAGCGAGCAGCACGGGACCUCAGUCCAGCAGACAGUGAUGGCUACAACAGUGCAGAAGAGAAAAGUGAGCUCCCGUUUGGCCGAGGGCAGGCCAAGCUGCACCCACAGUCCCUCCUCCCCAGCCCAGUGUGUCCGCCUCCAUCUGACAGUGGCGACAAGCAUCGUGUGCUGAGCCAGGUGGUGCGGCCCCAGGAGCCUUUACUGCGUUCUCCACCAAGAGUGGCUCCAUCUGAUGACAAGCCUAGUCACUGGAAGGAUGAGGAGCGCAGAGCGACAGGGGACAAAAGGGAAGCACGCAGCCGCCACGAGGACCUGGAUCCUCGUGGGGAACGCAGCAGAGGAGGUGACAGACGAGGAGAUCACCUUACAGAUGGGGUGUCUGACUCACGUAGCAGAGGCAGAGACCAGCGAGAAUCCACACCACCUCCUUCAGCCCUUGCCACUAGCAGUGAAGACAGGGACACUGCCGUUGGCUUGUCCCAUGAAGAGGGCAAAAAGAAGACCAAGUCGCAGAAGAAGGGGCUGAAGAAGGCUCGCAAAGAUGAGGAGAUUAGCGGUGGCACCCGCCUAGCAGCUGCAGUGAACCGCUUCAACCCAGAGCCUCCAACUGCUGCUUCUGCAGAUGCACCCUUGCACUCCCCAAGGAAAGUAACCAAGAAGAAGGCACUUGAUCGAAAGAGGAAACGGUCACGAGGAGAAUCUGAUGUAUCUGAAGAGGAUGCAGCAGUUCAUCAGCCACACAGUAAGAGGAAGAGAGGUCCCCGGACUCCACCACCCUCCAUGAGGCCUGACCGCGGUACUAGAGGCAAACCAGAGCUGUCUCCUCUGUCCAGAAUGGACAACUUCAGUGACUGGUCAGAUGAGGAGGUCACAGACCGAGGAGGGGGACCACUGGAAACACAGGCUCCUCUGGUUACUGCUGAGAGGACUCCUGCUGAGCCUGUCAGGAGAGGUGGUGGCCCCUGGGUCAGCAGGGACCGGGAGAGGGGCAACCCUCCUACCAUUACUCCUCUUCUUCCUCAGGAUCCUCCAAUGCUGCUGCAGACUCUUACUCCACAGCCCCUCAUGUCCCAGCCCCUGCUCCGCAAACCUGCCCCAGAGCAGACACGCAGCAGCAGCAUGGGGAGCAACCAGAGCCGCGCAUCAUCACGGCGCCUGCGGUCACCAUCCAACGAGCCAGCCCAAAGAGAUGACCCUCAGGGGCCACGAUCUCGUCGAGGCAGGCUGCAGGGUGCCAACUCACAUGAUCGGGAUCGAGAGAGAGAACGAGAAAGGGAGAGAGAGCGAGAGAGGCCGGUCGUGAAUGACCCUCCAGGAGCAGAGAGGAAGUCUCGAAUCGACCAGUUGAGAAGAGGAGAGCUCAGCCGCAGCACCUCAUCAGACCGGCAAGAUUCUCGCAGCCACAGCUCCAGACGCAGCUCUCCUGACUCUGAGAGGCAGGCAAGGUCCAGGUCCCGUGCUGGCUCAUAUGACAGUCGGGAGCGGGAGAGGGACAGAGAGCCAUUUGAGCGGGAACGAGAACGAAAGGACCUCCGGCCUCAGCAGCAGCCACAGCAGCAGUCCCUGCUCCUCCAACAGCCCCUACAACAACAGAGAGACUGGGAGCCUGAACCCAGGGACUGGCCUAGCAGGGGACGAGAGCCCCUGCUCAUGCGUCCUAGUCGUGAACCUCUCCUGAGGGAACGGGACAUCAGGGACAGGGAACGCUUGCUCCCUGAAGGACUCAUCCAGCAGCACGAGCGGGAGCGGGAAAGGGAGCGAGAGAGGGAGUGGGAGAGAGACAGCAGAGGUGAAAGAGGUGGUGAUCGAGAGAGGGACAGAAUGAUAAUGAUGGACCUACCGCCUCACGGGGACCCCAGGGUUCCAGGAAGAGGGGACCUGAGGGGUGAAAUUAGAGGAGACCUGCGAGGGGACAUGAUGCGACAGGAUAGAAAUGACUAUGAGCCCAUGCUGCCAAGAGAAGCCUUCAGCCCUCCAGAGCCUGAGGAACCAAGCAACAGUCACCCUGUCAUUGGAGAGCAACAGGAGCUAGAGAAGGAAGAUAGCAUUGACGGAGACGAUGAUGGGAAAGAAGACGAUGGCCAGUCAGUCGCAUCUGUAGGGGAGGAGUAUGAACCAAUCAGUGAUGAUGAACUGGAUGAAAUUCUCAAUGACAGCCAGAAAAAAGAGGAUCAGCAGGAUGAUGAGAAAGUUACAGGUCCUCUGGAUGUGAUCGAUGUGGACUGGUCCAGCCUGAUGCCCAAACAGAAACAGGAACCCCGGGCAGCAGGGGCUGCAUUGCUCCGGUUCACGCCAGGGGCCGUGCUUCUCAGGGCGGGCAUCUCCAAACGACUUGCUGGGCCUGAGCUCCUGGAGAAAGUUAAAGAGGUGUGCAAGUCUGAGCUGGAUGACCCCAAAGAUGCUGACAAGCUGUUUGAGCACGACCUGGGGGCCCUGAACAUGGCAGCAUUGAACAGACGAGUGGAGAGAGCAACUUUACUGAGCAACCUGGGGCCUUGCUGUAAGGCCCUGUGUGCCCGCAGGGACUUCGCCAUCCGUCGACAGCUGCUAAAAAAUGACAAGGGCCUAACGAAGCAGUAUCCCACUACACCUGUGGUAGACAAUGAGCUGCUGCAGAUGAGCGUUCGUCUCUUCAGAAGGACUGUAGCUGGCCAGGCUUCAGCCCAGGAAAGGUCGGACAGUGUGUCGGCACCGGCAGCCGAAGUCGCUGCGCCUGGUGGUAGUAGCAAGCUCAGCUCAGCACAGGCUGAGGUGUGUGUGCCCUGAGAGAAAACAGGCUCUGUGAUUAAAACAAAUGAAAGCGAAUGCUUCUACGCCUUUACUUCUUCUAGCCUCCUACUCUCCGUCUCCCUGUAUCCCAUUUUAUUGCAUAGUUAGCCUUGUUAGUCACGAAAAAAAUAAAGAAACAGCAGCAUUGAGAAUUUGUCAGUUAUACUUUACAUGUUUUGGGUGAUCUGCAAAUGCUGUGCCGUAGACUACUGGACAUUCUAGCCUAUGGUGGUGUGUAACAAAUGAUGAAUGAGAGACAUAAAACACACCUAAAAUUUCUUUUUUUGUGCAUUACAAUGUUUUAGAGCAGCUUUUUACUUGUCAGUGUCACCUCCCUAACCAAGUUCAAAAGACAAAUGUUUUGUUUUUGUAUGAUGUGCAUUGGUUACUCUAACUGUGCAUUAAAAUGGUUAGAUGUU